UAUAGUUACCUUUGAAGUCUCAAACGCGCUACACGUUAUCAAAAAUAUGAAGUUCCUCAUUGUCUUCGUUGCUCUUUUCGCCGUGGCUUUGGCUGCCCCUUCGGGUGAUACGCAAAUCGUUCGCUCGGAAUCCGAUGUUGGACCCGAAAGCUUCAACUUCGCUUUGGAAACAAGUGAUGGAACCAAAACCGAGGCUGCAGGUCAACUUAAGCAAGUUGGAGAGGAGGCUGGUAUUUCCGUUAAGGGAAGCUUCUCAUAUGUGGACCCUGACGGUCAAACUCAUGUGAUCAACUAUAUUGCCGAUGAAAAUGGAUACCAGCCACAGGGCGCAGAUAUUCCCGUUGCCCCCGUUGUUUAAAUAGAAACUUUAAAUUAAGAAUAAAUGGAUUGUUGAACAAAUAUAAUUGUGUUUUAAUAACUUUGA